AUGGCGACUUUUGAUGAUGUUUUAGUGCAAAUAGGGGGUUUUGGACAAUAUCAAAAGGUGGUUUUCUUUCUGAUAUAUCUGUCAUCGAUGAUGUUCUCCCAUUUGUACUUUGGAUUUGUUUUUUUAGCAGUUACUCCUGACCAUUGGUGCAGGAGUCCUGGGGUGACUGAGCUGAGAGAUAAAUGCAACUGGUCUCUGGAACAGGAGAAGAAUUAUACGUUACCUGUGGGGCAAUCUGGCAGCUCCUCAUAUAGUCAGUGCGAGAAAUACGAUAUUGACUGGAAUUCCUCUUCAGGCAGCUGUGAAAAUCCACUGCUGUUUAUUCGGAAUGGAUCCCAAGAUCUACCACUUACAACAUGCCAAGAUGGGUGGGUUUUUGAAAAUGGCACAUUCCCCAGUAUUGUGACUGAGUUUGAACUGGUGUGUGCUGAUGCUUGGAAAGUGGACCUGACUCAAGCUUGUCUAAACGUGGGUUUUAUGUUUGGAACAAUAAUCAUGGGCUAUGCAGCAGACACAUUUGGCAGGAAGCUUUGCUUCUUAUUUGCAACUUUUGUGACCACAGUGUCAGGUCUUCUACUGGCUUUUUCCCCAAACUACACCUGGUUUGUGAUCUUCCGUACUCUUCAAGGCCUAUUCAGCAGGGGAGGUUGGCUGUGCAGCUACGUCUUAAUAACUGAACUUGUUGUGUCAGGUUACAGAAGAACAGCAGGAAUUUUACACCAAGUGUCAUUUAGUUUUGGGAUCAUGCUUCUUCCUGCUAUUGCCUAUUUUGUACCAGCCUGGAGAAACUUGCAACUGGCGAUAACCAUUCCAAACUUCCUCUUCUUGACCUAUUACUGGUUGGUUCCAGAGUCUCCCAGGUGGAUGUUGUCUCAGAAGAAAGAUGAAGAAGCCAUGAAAAUUCUGCAGCAGGUGGCAAAAAGGAAUGGCCACACACUUUCAAUGAAAGCCGAGGCAACUACCAUGGAGAAGAAUGAUGAAAAGGUGAACCGUCCUUCCAUAGUUCAACUGGUCAGGACACCUCAGAUGAGAAAACAUACUCUCAUUUUGAUGGUGAACUGGUUUACAAGUGCCUUGGUGUAUCAAGGACUUGUCAUGCGUUUGGGAACUCUGGGAGGAAACAUCUACCUUGAUUUCUUUAUCUCAGGAGCUGUGGAAAUCCCAGCAUCAGUCAUUAUCAUUUUAGUGAUUGAACGGAUUGGACGACGCCUUCCCUUUGCAGCAGGCGGUCUGGUGUCAGGGGGCUCCUGUUUACUAGUGGUGUUCAUACCUGAAAAUUUAACUUGGCUGAAAACAGCAGUUGCGUGCUUGGGCAGACUGGGGAUAACUGUAGUUUUCGAGAUGGUCUGUUUUGUAAACACGGAGCUAUAUCCUACAUUUUUACGGAACUUUGCUGUUUCUGCGUGUGGAGUGCUAUGUGACAUCGGAGGAGUUGUUUCCCCUUUCAUCGUGUAUAGGUUGGCUGCUAUCUGGAUUGAAAUGCCUCUUGUAGUUUUUGGGGUGACCGGUUUGUUUGCUGGUGUCCUAGUGUUACUUUUACCUGAAACAAAGGGAGUGCCUUUACCAGAUACCAUCGAGGAUGCAGAGAACAUUAGACGGUGGAAGACAAGUGCUUUAAAGAGACACUAUCAACAGAUUGUUCAAUAUUCAACAGAAACUCAUAAUAUGAAGGACACUGAUGCAGUGAAGAUUGCCCUCAGCUCAUGAACUAGAUUGCAGCAUUAACCACAAAUAUUGGCCAGUUAGAUUUAUAUUUCAUGCUGUCUACUGUGUACUAUGAUAUAUUGUUAUUAUAUGUUGUGCAUAAUUAUAUAGAAUGUUAUAACUAUUAUGAUUCUAUGAUGAAUUUAAAAACAUAAAUUUAC